UGCGCAGACGCAGGCGCACUGACAGCCCAACACAUUUUCCCUACCCUUUCCACACUUCUCCUUCGCCGGCGGGGAUCUACUUCCGGUAGCUGCCCGGAACCGGGGGCUUGCGAAGGAGGCUCAGGGGGAGGGACACGUUUACUCGGCGGCGAUGGCGGCCGGGAGUGGGGGUAGCUGCCUCGAUGCGCUGGGCCCCGGGGAGCUGCUGUCGGCGGCUCAGGCUCUCUCCCUGCCGGCCGAGGCCUAUGGCAACGAUCCUAACAUUGAGAUGGUUUGGGCCAUGAAGGCUAUGCAGCAUGCUGAGGUUUAUUACAAUUUGAUUUCUUCAGUUGACCCCCUGUUCCUAAGACUCACUAAAGUGGAUGACCAGAUCUAUUCAGAGUUCCGGGAGAACUUUGGGAAGCUCAAGAUAGACGUGUUGGACCCAGAAGAGCUCAAAUCAGAACCAGCUAAAGAAAAGUGGAGACCAUUUUGCAUGAAGUUCAGUGGUAUUGUUGAAGACUUCAAUUAUGGUACACUGCUGAGGCUGGACUGUACUCAAGGGUAUAGUGAAGAAAACACUAUCUUUGCCACCAGGAUACAGUUUUUUGCUAUUGAGAUAGCUAGGAACCGGGAAGGUUAUAACAGAGCUGUUUACAACAUUGCUCAGCAAAAUGGUGCAGCAAAGAAAGACAGCACUCUGUCCAGGUAAAGAUUGCAGGAGCUACCAGUCAUUCAGAUCACUGAAUCUGAUAUCCAAGAGAACUUUCAAGAACUUUUGUGGAUUAAAGAGGCAUCAUUAUUUGGCAUCUGCUCUGUGUUGUUUCCUGAUUGGACCAUUGAAGGUGUCACACAAACUCUUCUCAGGGUUUACAAAAGAGGCAGUGUUCACAACUCUUCAAGGAGCAAUCACUCAAUUAAAAAAAAAAUUUUUUUUUGAUCUUGUGACUAGUAGGGAUAUAGGCCAUACCUUAAGAAAAGAAAAUAUACAAAAAUACAAGA